AUGGCCCUUAUCGGCCUCCCUUCCGUGAGAGGGCAGGUUCGCGGGCUCUGGAUCGCGAUACUUCAUCUCCUUCUCGUGGCCUCGGCAUGCGCCUACACGCCACUCUCUGAGGCUGUCCUUCGGAACGUCACCGUCUCCGAGAACGACUUUGACAUCCAUAACGGCCCGCUCCUCUCCCCUAUUCUCAUCCCCCGUGUACCCGGCACGGAAGGGCAGGUCAAGACGCAGCAGCACUUUGUCAACUUCUUCAAGUCACUGCCCAAAUGGACCGUGCAGUGGCAGAACUCGACAGCCAAGACUCCCGUCACUGGUAACAAGGAUGUCCCAUUCCAGAACCUCAUCAUCAGGCGUGAGCCGCCCUGGACCAAGCCCGGCCAGGCCAACUACCUCACCCUCGUGGCGCACUACGACAGCAAGAUCGAGCCCGCCGGCUUCAUCGGUGCGACUGACAGCGCGGCUCCAUGUGCCAUGCUAUUGCACGUCGCCAAGACUCUCGACCCGUAUCUGACCCAGAUGUACGAUGAGAUGGUCGCUCUUGGUGAGAAUGGAGGCACAGUUGCCCAAGACAUGGGUCUUCAGCUCCUCUUGCUGGAUGGCGAGGAGGCCUUCAAGUCCUGGACUGACACCGACUCUCUGUAUGGUGCGAGGUCACUGUCGCAUGAGUGGGAAAACACUUUCAAUCCCGCCAUGUCGCAUUACAAAACCCCUCUCGAGCAGAUCAGACUCUUCGUCCUGCUCGACCUCCUGGGCGCCCCGGAGCCCAGGAUCCCGUCCUACUUCCAGUCCACCCACUGGGCCUACAAGGCCAUGGCUGAGAUCGAGAAGCGCAUGCGCGACCUCCGCAUCCUGGAGACCGAGCCCUCGAUUCCGUUCCUCAGCGACGUGAACAAGGCCCCCAGCAUGUUCGGCAGCAGCGGCAUCGGCGACGACCACGUCCCCUUCAUGAUGAAGGGCGUCAACGUCCUGCACGUGAUCCCCUCGCCCUUCCCUUACUAUUGGCACAAGAUGGAGGACGACGGCGAGCACCUCCACAUGCCCACGGUGAGGGACUGGACCAAGAUCAUAACGGCCUUCGUCAUGGAAUGGGUCGACGCCAUGGAGGUGAUGCCGGAAGAGGGCGCAUGA